AUGUCAGCUCAAGAGACAACGUCCACGGAACACAACACAAGUAAACAGAGCUUGUUCACGGAGAAAACAAUUUCUAAUCAAGCCAAAGAAGUUCAAGGGGCGCAUUCUUUCACUUCCAACAAGAUGAAUAAAGUAGUGGGCGUUGCAACUGUAUUUUAUCGAGAAUUAGUACCACCACAACUAACCGGUCAGGAAAGCAUAGAAGAAUUGAUCGCACUACGAAAAUUAUCGAAACAAGUGAUCGAAAAAUUUUGUGAACAAAACCCUGAUAUUAACAAGGAAUUGUGGCGAACUUUUGCUGUACGGUGCAUACUCAAAUUAAGGAACAAGGCAUUGUAUGUAAAUUUUAGAAUCCCGCCCACUGCUCAUUAA